AUGGCCAACCAUCAUCCCUCGCCAACGAUGGCUAUGCAGCCGCAACAGCAGCAUGGCCCUCCGGGGCCUCCUCCGCCGCCGGGCCUGCAGUACAGCCAGAACAAUGCGCCAUCGCGCAACAUUCUCCUGAUGAACGAGGCCGUUUGGAUGCAGAUUGGCAGCUUUGCUGAGCUUCUCGGUAACCUCGACGAGGCCAUGAAGGCCUACGACCGUGCUUUACAAGCAAACCCCCAGUCUGUGGCGGCCAUGAACGCCAUCAGCUUGAUCCUGCGCACACGCGAGGAGUUCGGCAAGGCUGUCGACUACCUGCAAGCGAUCCUGAAGAUCGAUAACACCAAUGGCGAGGCCUGGGGCAGUCUGGGUCACUGCUAUUUGAUGAUGGACGACUUGCAGCAAGCCUACGCUGCCUACCAAUCCGCUCUCGUCAAUCUUAGGAGCCCUAGGGAGCCUAAGCUCUGGUAUGGCAUCGGAAUCCUCUACGACCGGUACGGCAGUCUGGAACACGCCGAGGAAGCCUUUUCCCAGGUCAUGCAGAUGCAGCCUGACUUCGAGAAGGCCAACGAAAUUUACUUCCGCCUCGGUAUUAUAUACAAGCAACAACAAAAGUUUGGACAGAGUUUGGAGUGCUUCAAGUACAUCGUAAACUCCCCGCCCCCUCCUCUGACCGAGGAAGACAUUUGGUUCCAGAUCGGUCAUGUCCACGAGCAGCAGAAAGACUACGACAGUGCCAAGGCUGCUUACCAGCGCGUGUUGGAGCGCGAUCCUAGUCACGCCAAGGUCCUUCAGCAGCUCGGAUGGCUUCAUCACCAGCAGAGCAGCAGCUUCCAGAGCCAAGAGCGUGCCAUCGAAUUCUUGGAAAAGUCUGUUGCCGCCGACCAAGGCGAUGCGCAAAGCUGGUACCUGCUCGGUCGCUGCUACAUGUCUCAGCAGAAGUAUCCCAAGGCCUAUGAGGCAUACCAGCAGGCUGUCUACCGCGACGGGCGCAACCCCACGUUCUGGUGCUCCAUUGGAGUUCUCUACUACCAGAUCAACCAGUACCGCGAUGCUCUUGACGCCUACUCUCGCGCGAUCCGUCUCAACCCGUACAUUUCUGAAGUAUGGUACGACCUCGGCACUCUGUACGAAUCUUGCAACAACCAGAUCAGCGAUGCUCUCGACGCAUACCAGCGCGCGGCUGAGCUGGACCCCCAGAACCCUCACAUCAAGGCGCGUCUGCAACUGCUCAGAAACGGCGGUGCCAACGGUGGUCAGCCCCCGAGUGCUCCUCAGCCGGCCGACGUGCACCCUCAGGCGUACCAGGUCGGCCCGCCCGCCCCUCAAUGGGGCAGCUCUGCCCCCAGCCAGGGUCAGCAGCAGGGACAACAGCCGCCUCCGCCUCCUGGUCCUAACGGCCCCGGCCCCAACGGCUGGGGCAGGCUCGCGGACAUCAACCCUCCCCCGCAGCCACCCAACCCCUACGAGCAGCGCGGCGAACCCUUCCGCGGCCCGGCUCCCCCUAUGCCGCGCCAGCCCAGCCCGCGACAGGAGCAGCAACAGCAGCAGCAGCAGCAACACGGCGGUCGCCCGCCCUACCCCGAGUCGGUCCGCCGUGGCCCGACCCCUCCUCCUCCGUCGCACUACCAGUCGGGACCCCCUCAACCUUCUCAGCAGUCCCACCAAGCUCCGCCCACAUCGGCGCCCCGUAUCCCGAACCCCAACUACUCUCAGCCCUCAUCGGCUCAGAUGCCUCCCAUGCAGACCGGUCCGAACGGGGGUCCUCCGGGACAACCGCCUCAGUUCCGCGGAACCAACAGCCCCCGGCCUGGCGAAAGGCCCAUGCACGACAACCGGAUGCCGUCUCCCAAGUCUGCGUACCCUCAACACCAGCCUCCCCCGCCUCCUCCGUACGGUCACCACCCUGACGGCCCCACUCCCGGUCCCAUGGAGGCUGGUGCGCCGCCCCCGCCUCCCCCGGGAUCCAUCGCUGAGUCUGUCGCGCGCAGCGAGCAUGAUCGCCCACCAUCGGUGGGACCUAAGCGCAUGCGCGAGUGGGAAGAGGAGUCCUCCCACAAGAGGCCGGCCAACGAUGAGAACCGCGCCAGACUGGACGAUGUGCGCCCUAGACGCCCGUCGACUCCUCCUGGCUCCCGGGAGCCGUACCGACGAAACUCGUCGGAGGCUCGCCGCUUCGAGGACCAACGCCGCGCCGAGGACCAGCGUCGGGCGGACGAUCAGCGCCGGGCGGAAGACAUCCGGAGAGGCGAAGAGCAGCGCCAUGCCAACGAGGGUUACCACCCGUCCGAGGCGGCGCACCACCAGCCCAGCCAGCCGAUGCCUCCCAACCACCUGCCGCCCAUGCAGUCCGCUGCCGCGCCGAUGCAGAACAUCCUCCAUGACGGCCCUCAGAACGGUCCUCCGGGACCUGCAUCCGGACCCGCGCCCGGCGUCAAGGAGUACCCCGCCGAGGAGAGGGCGCCCAUCGAGCACACUCCCGCGCCUCGCCCGCCUCAGCCCAGCGAGCCCGAGCGUGCGGCUCGCAAGAUGGAAGUCGACGAGGACUACGAUGAUAGUGGUGAAGACGAGAAGAAGGCUGCCGUUGCCACGACAAAUGGAUCCGGCCCGGCGCCCGCAUCAGGAGAGACCAAGACGCCGACGAGCGCAAGCAUCAACGGCAUGAUGGGGCCAACCCCAAAGGUUGAGUCUACUUAA